GCAUUGACCGGGUUCCUCUUGGUGACCACACGAGAGGGGAAGCUACUCUACAUCUCAGAGAACGUCACCGACUUCCUGGGCCACUCCAUGGUGGACAUGAAGACCCAGGGCGACAGCCUGUACGACAUCGUGGACAAGCGGGACCAGGACACGGUCCAGGCACAGCUCAUGGCUGCUGGCCAGCCUGACCCCUGUGACCCGGAUGACGUGUCCUUCUUCUGCCGCAUGAACAUGUCGCGCACGCUCAAACGACAGUCCGGAUUCGGGGACGUCAAGGUGAGAGGAUUUCCAAUCCAAAAUUGUUUUAAUAAAUUUUAAUAUGCCCGAUUCAA